UCACCGCUUCCCUCUCUCUAGAACACAAUCAAACCUUCCUGAAAUCACAAAAGAAUACUCGCUCCUUUUUUGCAAAACAAAUUCCAAAAUUUUACUUUUUUUCUCUCUGUAUGCCACACUUUCUUUGAAUUCUUAAAACCUUAAACAAAAAUGGCAUGGUACAGAAGAUCAAGACUAGGGUUUAACACAAUUUCCAAUUUCAUUACUUCAAAGAUCACCACUGCCCCAAAACCCAUAAUCCGGCCUCUGUCAACUUUGACCCGACCCGACCCAUCUGUAAGAAUUCCUAAAUUUCCUUUGUUUUCACCUGUAUGUGUUAAAAAGGCUUCAAAUUUACCAUCUUUUUCAACUUUGUAUGCUAGAAAUUAUUAUGUAGAUUCUAGACAAGUUAAGCAUUUUAGGCCUAGAGGGUUUAAGAGAUGGUUCGAAAACCCGAGAAAUGUUUUUAUGGUUGUUUUAGUAGGGUCAGGAAUUGGGGUUACUUUGUAUUAUGGGAAUAUUGAGACUGUACCUUAUACGAAACGAAAACAUUUGAUUUUGAUGUCGAAAAACGUUGAGAAAAUGAUAGGGGAGUCUCAGUUUACGAAUAUGAAAGCCGGGUUUAAAGGGAAAAUAUUGCCUGCAAUGCACCCGGAAAGUAUUAGGGUUAGGAUGAUAUCUAAGGAUAUAAUUGAGGCGUUGCAACGCGGGUUGAAGAAGGAACAAGGUUGGACGGAUUUGAAUUAUGCGUCGGAGGGGGGUGCGUCGUCGGAGAAGAGAGGGAAGGAGGCGGUGAUGGCGAUUGGUCAGGAGAGCGAUGCUGUAGGGGAUAAGUGGAUGGGGAAAGAAGAGGUUAUGGAUGAUAUGUGGGUUGAUAAAAGUAGGAAGAAGGGGAAAGAUAAAGGGCAUAAGGCGGAUACGGCACAUUUGGAAGGGUUGAAGUGGGAGGUUUUGGUGGUGAAUGAUCAUGUUGUGAAUGCGUUUUGUUUGCCCGGUGGAAAGAUUGUUGUGUUUACGGGGUUGUUAGAGCAUUUUAAAACGGAUGAAGAGGUUGCUACGAUUAUUGGGCAUGAGGUUGCACAUUGUGUGGCAAGACAUGCUGCGGAGCAGAUUACAAAGAACCUCUGGUUUACCAUCGGGCAGCUAAUUUUGUAUCAAUUUGUUAUGCCUGAUCUUGUCAAUACGAUGUCUAAUCUUUUGCUUAAGCUUCCUUUCUCCAGGAGGAUGGAGAUUGAGGCUGAUUACAUAGGAGUGUUGUUGAUGGCUUCGGCUGGGUAUGAUCCUCGUAUUGCACCAAAGGUAUUUGAGAAGUUGGGUCAAGUAUCAGGCGAUUCGGCUUUGCAAAACUACCUCUCUACCCAUCCAUCUGGAAAGAAGCGAAGUAAAUUGCUAUCUGAAGCUAAUGUGAUGCAUGAAGCACUUUCUAUCUAUCGAGAGUCCAUGUCCGGACGAGAGGUUGAUGGCUUUUUCCUUUAGGCGAACAUGUGUUUUCUGCUAACGGUCGAUUUGUAUAAAAUUUAACCAACAUUCGUUUGAUCACUCCUUAUGUCGGAAGCUAUGCUGCUUGUAUGUCAGCUGCCAAAAUUAUAAUUGUCCUAAUCCUUUUGUUCAUUGUCAAACUAGCUGUGAACGGAUUUGUGUCAAUUGUAGAAAGAGCUGAAUUGUUACUUA